CGCGGCCGCGGCCCGGGAGGGCGGUGCAGAGCUGCAGGAUCCUCGGCCUCCUCCCGGCCCCCGCGCGGCUCUCAUGCGGCUCCCUCGCUGACACCUGAAAUCCACCUCUCGCUGUCCUCCUGGGGAUCGCGGGGUCGCCGAGCUUGCCGCCCUUGGCGGUUGAAGUCAUCGUUGUGUGGGCCCGCGGCGGUCGUCCAUGGAGAAGAUGAGGCGGGGCGGCGAUGGCCCCCCACGGGGGCCCGUCCUGCACAUCGUGGUGGUCGGCUUUCAUCACAAGAAGGGCUGCCAGGUCGAGUUCUCUUACCCGCCCCUGAUUCCAGGAGAUGGACAUGAUAGUCACACCUUACCUGAAGAAUGGAAAUAUUUGCCCUUCCUUGCCUUACCAGAUGGCGCACACAACUACCAAGAAGAUACUGUGUUUUUUCACUUGCCACCCAGAAAUGGAAAUGGAGCCACUGUAUAUGGUAUCUCUUGCUAUCGACAAAUUGAAGCCAAGGCAUUGAAAGUACGGCAAGCAGAUAUCACCAGAGAGACUGUUCAAAAAAGUGUCUGUGUUCUAAGCAAGCUGCCUCUCUAUGGCUUACUUCAAGCAAAACUUCAACUCAUUACACAUGCAUAUUUUGAAGAGAAGGAUUUUUCCCAAAUUUCCAUUCUAAAGGAGCUCUAUGAACAUAUGAAUAGUUCCCUGGGAGGAACUUCGUUAGAAGGAUCCCAGGUAUAUCUUGGUUUAUCUCCUCGGGAUCUUGUGCUUCAUUUUCGACACAAGGUUCUAAUCCUAUUUAAGCUAAUUCUUCUUGAAAAAAAGGUUCUCUUUUAUAUUUCUCCAGUGAAUAAAUUGGUGGGUGCCCUGAUGACUGUGUUAUUCCUUUUUCCAGGCAUGAUUGAACAUGGACUCAGUGACAGUUCUCAGUACAGACCCCGAAAGAGUAUGUCUGAAGAUGCUGGGCUUCAGGAAAGUAAUCCCCCUGCAGAUGAAUUUGUUUGUAUGCCUGCUUCUGAUAUUUCAAAUACCAACUUGGGAACUGUCAAGAAAAUCCUGGGAAACCAUGGAGGAGAUGCAGCCAUCAAGACUGAAGAACCUUUGUUCCAGGUAGAAGAUGAUAACAGUGAACAAGAAGCCAGUGAUAGCAAUCAAUAUCUGAAACCUCCUUCUCGCCCAUCUCCAGAGUCUUCAGAAAGUGACUGGGAGACCUUAGAUCCUAGUGUCUUAGAGGACUCCUCCUUGAAAGAACGAGAACAGGUGGGGUCAGAACAGACAAACUCAUUUCCAAAGGACUCUUUGCCCUCAGAUAGUCCUCCGAUUACUGUUCAACCUCAAGCUAAUACCGGCCAGGUGGUCCUGAUACCAGGGCUGAUUUCUGGCUUGGAGGAGGACCAGUAUGGCAUGCCCCUGGCCAUCUUCACAAAGGUAAGAGUUAACGUCCUUUAUUAAUGCCCAUAAGGAUAGCACAAAAUCCUUUCAGAAUUUAACUCUCAGUGUUGAACACAUUUAAGUCUGCAAAUUCUCAUUGAAAACUGUAAAAUAACAUAGCAGAUGUGUAGUACUCUGACAUCUGUGACCAUGAUGUAAGACUGCAGGGGAUUUUGAUUAGAGUUUGGAAACUGAGGUCAGCAAUCACUGUGUUUGGUGUGUUUUUCAUUAGUCAGGUUUACCUUUGGGGAAAAAAACAAACCAGCCUUGAUUACAUUUAAUGAGUGUAUAUUAAAAUACCAUAAUUCCAAAAGCUGCAGUUUUAUAAGAAAGAAUAAAAAGCUUAGAUGGCUAACUUAAAUAUUAGUACCCUUCAUAGAUAUAAUACACUGUUUUGGUUAACUGGCCUUAAAAAUUAAUUUUUAAUCUUUUUAUGGAAAAACAUACAAAACAUAUGUCUAAUUUUUAAAAAUAAUUUAAACACACCAUAGUAAAAUAAAUUGCCUCUUUGAUUCAGUAUCUUAUUUCUAGGAUAUCAUUUCUUUAUGUCAGUAAUACUAUAUUAGGAUUCUGGAAGCUACAUUUGAGGGUUUUUUUUUUUUUAAUCCUAACAUGAGAAGCUACUUUAUUGUCAUUCAUGAAUUAUUUUUUUUUUUUUAUGAAGAAGAUGAAAAGUCCCAUUUCAUUUUUCAGUCAAAGUAUUUAUUACCUUCCUACGUGCCAGGCCCUGUACUAGGUUCUAAAUUCUUGUAUCCAUGGCUUUUCAGUUUAACCAUGAAAGACAAAUACAUCUGUCCAGUAACUAGAGCAAAGUUGAUGUUUUUCUCUAAAUACCUUCCUUUAUGCUGGAAGUAAAACUUGAUAUGGAAAAGAAAAUGGAUAGCAUUGACUUGACAUCAAUUCUUCUCUACUAUAUGAUAAAUUCUUUCUGGGUUUAUCCAGUUUUACAAAUAAGUACUUGCCCCAAGUCAGUAUUGCUGAAUAGUUAGCAGAAAAUGCUGUCUUUGUUCAUUUUGUGGUCUGUUAGGGGAGGCUGAAAUUAUCUUAAUUGGUUUCUUGAUUGAACUAAUGCAUAUUUGCUUAAAACUGGAGUUUAG